AUGCCGGUGGUGCUGGGGGCUCACGGCAUUUUCGGCGGUGGCGGCGGCCAAGUCACCGCCGGGGACGGGGGUGAGGCGGCGGGGCCGGUUCCGGGGCUGACCCGGUUCCGGCUCCGACCCGGUUCCGGUUCCGGCAGCCCUUGCCAGCAGCGCCUCUCCUACACGACGCUGAGCGACCUGGCGCUGGCGUUGCUGGACGGCACCGUCUUCGAGAUCGUGCAGGGCCUGCUGGAGAUCCAGCACCUCACCGAGAAGAACCUCUACAGCCAGCGCCUGCAGCUGCACAGCGAGCACCGCGGGCUGAAGCAGGAGCUCUUCCACCGGCACAAGGAGGCACAGCAGUGCUGCAGACCCCACAACCUGCCGCUCCUCCGGGCCGCCCAGCAGCGGGAGAUGGAGGCUGUCGAGCAACGAAUUCGAGAGGAACAGCGAAUGAUGGAUGAGAAGAUAGUCUUGGAACUGGACCAAAAAGUGAUAGACCAACAGAGCACUCUGGAGAAGGCCGGGGUGUCUGGCUUCUACAUCACCACCAACCCACAGGAGCUGACUUUACAGAUGAAUUUGCUGGAACUCAUUCGGAAGUUACAACAGAAGGAGUCUGAGUCCGAGAAGGCUUUUUCCUGAAUAAGCAAAUCUGCCAUUUACUUUCCAGAGUUUUCUUCUGACUUCCCUCUAAAGAAUAGGUUGUUAAUGCAUUUGCUUUAUAUUGUGUCAGGAAGAGGCUACUGGCUGUAGAAGAAAUAGCUGAGGCCCUUAGAUAACCUUAGAGCUGAGGCAAGCAGACCCCCAGAGCAGGGGGGUGGUUGGGGAGCAUCAAACUGCCUCUGCAGUCCUCAGAGCAAGAUGCCUGCUGCACAUCUCGCUAAGAUGAGAGACAGUGGAGGGUGUUAAUCUGCCACAUCCAGCGUGCAGCAUCGGUGAGGCCAUUUACUAAGUCAAGGGAGACUGGGCCAGGCACUGAGGCAGCAAACCCAGCCCAUCUGAAUAUGGGUUACCCCUGUGUUUAGGUGAAUCAAGCUGAAUGGGUGAGCAGUGUGAUCUCCAAAUUGCAAUCUCCUCUUCCGAUUUGAGGAGGAGGAGCAAGUGUCUCUGGUAGGGAAUGGGAGAGGUGAGUAGCUGCCAUAUCGGACAAGGAAGCAAAGUGGACUCGUCAUCUGGUGCUGCCUGGCCAUGGCAGAUGGUUGGCAGCUGGGGAAAAAAGUCCAAGGUUUAUCUACAGGAAGAUCCUUCUGUGUGUGCUGAGGCAGAAACAGCCUCUUAAACAGGCAGACCCUUCCCAGAGGGACUUCUAGGCAGGUAUCAGCAUCGGCUUUAUUAAAGGAGGAUUUCAGGCCUCUGCCCAACAUUGCUGGACAGUGACAUUCGCAGUGU